UUCUGACGUUGCCGUCACCCACCGCACACCGCCGCCCGCACCCACGCAAAUCGAUAAAACCGUGGUGCCGCACAUGCACGCAUUUAUUACCACACGUAAACAUUUUAUGACCGUUUAAAAUAUUUUAUCGCGCGGUUCCUCAAUUCCUUCUAUUGUUAUUUCUUCAAGACGCUUCCGAACGCUUGUCCUCAGAUCGGAACAGAUUCGCACCGCAAAGUAAACAAUAUAAUAGACACGUAGACGGGCGGCCGCAACAGCUGACUUCUUUAACAGCUGAUCGUGUAACAUUGGGAUACGAGCUUUGAACAUGGUAUUUUUAUUAGUUGAAAGUAUACAUGGAAUAGUAGUUAACCGAUUGCUCAAUUUUAAUAGUUAUACUCGAUGAGAGGAGGAGUACGGUGAUGUAUCAUCGACAAAGUCUUCCAGACUACCGACUGACGUGUUUUAUGGUGAGACGUUUGAUGUUGUAACUAAAUAUACUCGUAACGUGAAAACGACUAACUGCGCAUGGGCCUCCCGUUAUUAGAUUGCGUGAAAUAUGCUUGUGGUUUGAUCGUAUGAACACACUGGUGGGCGAAGGUCGCGAGUUACGUCGACGCAGCGUCGCCAGUCCAGGGAAGUUGGCACGGUGCGCGGGCGCGGCGCGAGUGGUGACGCGUCACGUCAUGCUCUGACUCGGCCGUGUUUCCCGCGAGUGUCCCGUCAGUACAACCUUGCCCGUGCUGAGGACAUGUCCGUGUUAUGGAUUAUCAAUGUAUCGUCGUCUAUACGGUCAUCAACAUCGCGCCGCCGCGGUUGGCCACCCAGGCUGCAGGCUGGUCCGACGGCUGCAUCACCUGGUUCAAGAAUAAAAUUAAAAGGGCGGUAGCAGUGUACCUGCAAUCUUUGAAGCUCAGUCCAAACAACGGUAUUAUACAUGGAAACUUGGCUUGCAUGUAUUAUAAAGAGGGUUUUAUAGACCUUGCAAUAGAAACAUACAGGCGUGCCAUAGAACUUCAGCCUAAUUUUCCAGAUGCCUACUGUAAUCUUGCUAAUGCACUCAAAGAAAAGGGUCUUGUUUAUGAGGCGGAGGAGUGUUACAACAAAGCUUUACGUUUAUGUCCCGUGCAUGUUGAUACACUCAACAACCUCGGUAAUGUCAAGAGGGAACAAGGAAAAAUUGAAGAGGCCACUGAAUUGUAUUUGAAAGUAUUAGAAAUAUUUCCCAACUUCGCAGCUACUCACAGCAACUUGGCAUCUCUGUUACAGCAGCAAGGAAAACUCCAUGAAGCGUUGAUGCAUUACAGACAAGCUAUAAAUAUCCAACCAAAGUUUGCGGAUGCGUACAGUAAUAUGGGCAACACUUUGAGGGAAUUGCAAGACGUUUCCGGUGCUCUCGUUUGUUUCAGAAAAGCAAUAGAGAUAAAUCCGUCUUUUGCCGACGCCCAUUGCAAUUUAGCGAGCAUUCACAAAGAUAUGGGUGACAUUACAGAAGCCAUAGAAUCCUAUAAAAUGGCACUUAAAUUGAAACCAGACUUCCCCGAUGCCUACUGUAAUUUGACGCAUUGUUUACAAAUUUUGUGUGAUUGGGAUGAUUAUGAAGACAGAAUGCAUAUAAUCAUUAAAAUAGUUGAAGACCAAUUAGUGAAAGAAAAACUAUCUUCUAUACAUCCACACCAUUCCAUUUUAUACCCACUAUCAAACGCCACGAGAAAGGAAAUAGCUACUCGCCACGCUAAUUUGUAUUCCGAAAAAGUAAAUUUAUUCUGUAAAAUAAAUUUUAAAUAUUUGAAGACAUUGAAUGGGAGAUUACGGGUUGGGUACGUUAGCAGUGAUUUUGGAAAUCAUCCCACUUCCCAUUUAAUGCAAUCUAUACCAGGCCUGCAUAAUAGGUCAAAGAUAGAAGUAUUUUGCUAUGCUUUGAAUCCAGAUGACGGCACCACAUUCCGAAAUAAAAUUCAUACCGAAUCUGAACAUUUUAUCGACUUAUCUCUUGUGACUUGUAAUAUUGAAGCAGCUAAAAGAAUAAAUAAAGAUGGCAUCGACAUUUUAAUUAACAUGAAUGGCUACACAAAGGGUGCACGAAAUGAAAUAUUUGCAUUAAAACCAGCCCCAAUCCAAAUAAUGUGGCUUGGUUAUCCAGGUACGAGUGGAGCAGAUUAUAUGGACUAUAUCAUAACAGAUGAAAAUUCUUCACCCAUAUCAGCGGAGGCAGAUUUUAGUGAAAAGUUUGCGUUUAUGCCGCACACGUAUUUUAUUGGGGAUCACCGUCAAAUGUUUCCGCAUUUAAAGAUACGUUAUAGAGUGAAAGUAAAAGAAAUCUCAUUAAAUGAAAAUGUAGCUUUAAUUAAUACCGCCGAAGAUUUUAAUAUUGAAGAAAAAUUUUCUGUAUGUGAGAGAACGGAAAUUAUUUCAUAUGAGGGAUCAGAACCGAUAGAAAUAAUUAUAAGAGAAAUAGACAUUCCUAAUUAUUUAAUUGAAUCGACAAUUGAUCCUCAUCAAGUACAGGUACUUGUGAAUGGGAUCGCUAUUGAUAAUGGCACAUCAAUAAAUUAUACCAACAAAAAGGUGGCAUCGGGUGAAGAGAUUUACGGUAAUGUUGUAUUUACAUCGAGGAAACAGUAUGGGCUUCCGAAUGACGCAAUUGUGUAUUGUAACUUCAAUCAGUUAUAUAAAAUGGACCCGAAGAUUAUGGGAAUGUGGGUAAACAUUCUCAAAGCUGUGCCAAACAGUGUUCUCUGGCUGUUAAAUUUCCCGGCUGCUGGGGAACCAAAUAUUCAAAAAUACGUACGUACUUUAGGGCUACCGCAAGGUCGUAUUAUAUUUUCCAAGAUAGCUUGUAAAGAGGAACAUGUAAGGCGAGGACAGUUAGCAGAUGUAUGCCUAGAUACGCCUCUCUGUAAUGGUCACACAACAGCCAUGGACGUGCUCUGGACCGGAACGCCGGUCGUCACUCUACCGGGAGAGACCCUUGCAUCCAGAGUUGCGGCAUCACAAUUAAAGACUCUGAAUUGUUCAGAACUUAUAGCUAAAAAUAGAGACGACUAUCAAAAUAUCGCUAUAAAAUUGGGAACAAAUGCUGAAUAUCUCAGAUACAUCAGAGCAAAGGUUUCGAAAGCUCGUUUGGUUAGCACUCUAUUUGACUGUAGCCAUUAUGCAUCAAAACUGGAAUAUUUGUAUGCAAAAAUGUGGGAAAGAUACGAGCGUGAAGAAAAACCAGACCACAUAAAGGCCUAUUAGGAUACACUUUUACACCACAUUUUAAGAUGUCUUCUGGGCUACUGAUAAUUUUACAUGAUCCUUCGCUAUUCAACGAAUUUCGUCUUUUAUCCUUAGUUUUCCGUCCAGGACUUUAUCAAUAAAACAUUAUUUCAGGAAUUUGUCCAUUUUAAAAUUUAAAUAAGUAAAUUAAGAUUAUGCUAUUUAUUACUCGGAUGUACGUAAACUUUUAUUAAUAUUCGUAAUAUAUUUUUGAUGUUUUA